AGGAGAAAGAAGCGCUCAGUGAUUUCCAGAAGCACUGACCUUUCCUGAAGGCCAACUACUCCUUCCACUACUAUGACUGCAGGCCGGAUUUAGCACAGUAACCAGCAGCCCUACCACCUGUUUGUCAACUCGAUAACCAUAACACGAAGCAGCUCCACUACGGUGUUCAGCAAGUAUGUCGACCGACAAGGACAUGGCCUCAAUGACUACUUCUCGCCCAAGGACCAGGUUCAUGGACCCGCCUGGCGAGCUACGGAACAAUGUCUACUUGCUUUGCAAAAAUGAAGACAUCGUGGACAUGAAACGUCCCCAAGACAGCGACCCUGGCCUACGGAUCGAUCGCACCCGCCAUCAAUUCUUAGGCCUAACUCAGGUCUCGAGGACGCUCCGAAGCGAGUUUGGGGCUUUAUACCGCAAACAACUUCAACUCCGGGUGGACGCACGUGACGUCUACGAAUACCUCGCAAUGGCCAUCGAGGCGAACAGCUGGGUGGAGGGAGGCGUCAAGACCUUUGUAUACCCGAUCUUUGCCAAUAUCAUUCUUGAUCUUGGCCCUGGGGUCAAUGAUCGAGACGAUUGCUUUCUGGACAUCCUCCCGCUGCUGCGGAUACGCUCCAAGAAACCAUCCUUCAUAUGCGAGUUCGACUUUCCACAGAGAUUGACACCACCCACGUUCCAACCGACCCCGGCCAACCCUGCAGCCAGCUUGUAUCAGAAGUAUACAGCGAGUUGCUUAUACAAGAUCUGAACAAGAUUCUCGCUGGGCCAAAGAUAUUAGCAACGUUCAGGUCGGAAGACAACAAUGUGGAUGCCGCCAUUCUUCAUCUCAAAACUCUCGGUGUGCGAGACCUCAGAUACUUUAAAGGCCCUUAUUCAGUAGUCUCGACGCUAUAUUUUGAUCUUUGGCUUACCGAAGACCCUCCGUGGGGUCCAGGCGCGACACAAUCAUUCACUCGGCGGGCCUCGAAGCGAUGGAAUUUAUCGAAAAUACUGGCUUGGCUGGUGUUCGCCU